AUGGAGGCUACCGCCAACCCAUCCAUGACGGCGACGGCGUCCUUCUUGGGCGAUACCAUGCCCAACGCCGGCACCGUGUCCGUGUUAGACCCCGUCGGAGCCAAGGCCGCGUUCGGCGGCGUCGAGACCGAACCCAGGCCCACCACCCCGGACGAGAUCAAGAAGUUUCGACGGAGCACCCUGCACGAGCCCGGACGGAGGGUGGUGCACCCCGGAAUGGCGGGCGAUACCAUCCCGACGAUGACCUUCGGCGUCAAGUCCGUGCUGGGCGAGCCCGCCGCGGACGUGAUGGCCACCUACCCGCGGAGCGAGCUGGACCAGUGGAGGCUGGAGCGCACCGAGGAUGUCUACGCGUCCACCAGGAGGGAGCCGCUCGGCAAAUCCUUCGUCCGGGGGCACCACAUCCCGGACAAGUUCAACCGAACCGGCUUCGGACAGCCCGGGUCCGUGGCGCCCACGUCCUCCAUCGUCAAGGACCUGGUGUUCCCACACGAAGGGCUUCAUGGCGACGAGGAGGGCGGCGAAGCGCACAGGAUGUACGUCAAGUCCCACGGCAAUUACGCGCCGGGGGAACAGAGGAACCGAGGCUACGCCGAAUCGUUCGACAGGACGGCCACCUUCGGAGGCAAGGAGAACGACGUGGUGCUGGAGGGCGUCGCGAAGGCGCUCAACCCGCUGAAGGACGAGACCCAAAAGACCUUCUCCGCCACCAUCGUGAACAAGGCGGCGGAGGAUUUCAAGGCGACGGCGGGGGACGAGCUCGGUAGGGUUCGGCGACUGGGCGCGGGUGAGAGGAACGUCCCGGAUGGGUUCACCUACGGAGCCCCCUCGCGCAGGCGGGACGCGCCCCCCGAGCCCGACGCCGGCACGCUCAUCAAGGGCGACUACACCGAGGAGGAGCAGGCGCCCGAUCCCACCAUCGGCAAGAGCAUGAGGUUCCAGGGGUACAAGUUUGACCCGACGCCUGUAGCGAGCCCCGACCGAGUGUUCGGCGUCCCGUGCAUCCGCGCCGACCUCGGCCCCAAGGACCCGCAGACCAAGGGACUGGCGGACAUGGUCAACUACGGGAACGACCCGGGCGCGGGGGUGCUGGUGAACCCCGGGUACGGCGCGGACAGGGGGGUGGUGGAGACGGACUUGCAGGGUUUGCUGACGAAGGAGGAGCUCCGCGAAUUUUACGAGGAGACGGGUAUCGCCCUGCGAGACGGGGAGUUUGAGACGGCGUUCAACGCGGCGGUGGCCAUCGACGGGGACGGCGGGGACGGAGUGCUCCACCCCGCGAGGUGCAGCAUCGCCACCUUCCAGAAGUACCGCAUGCGGGUGAUGCGCGGGAUAGCCCUGGGCGGCCGUUAG